AUGGGUAUGAGAGGUACUCCCGCCGCCUCCCUCCAUCUUCUCAUCACCGCCGUGCUUCUGUGCUCCGGCGCCGCCCUCGCCGGCGCGAACGGCGUGUUCCAAGUGAAGCGCUGGUUUGCGUCUCGCGAUAGGUCUCCGGCAGACCUCAGGGCCCACGACGUGCGCCGACAUGGCCGGUCGCUCGCGGCCGUCGACAUCCCCAUUGGCGGCCUCGGCCUCCCCUCCGACGCCGGGUAAAGAUAUGCGGCACGACUUCAUAAUUCCCCAUUCUUUUUGGAAUAUCUGUUUUCAAUUCUUAUCUCGUGCUGAGCUUCAUUGAAAUUUCUAUCCCGUUUUUCUCCCUGCGUUAGAUGAUCAUGCGAUUUGUUUCGUGUAAUUGUUCUAUCAUCUUACGGUAUCAGAUUCGCUGCGUUUUGGUCGUUUGCUUAGGCUCUACUAUGCUCAAAUUGAGAUUGGCACUCCAUCGAAAAGCUACUACGUGCAGGUGGACACGGGGAGUGACAUCUUGUGGGUGAACUGCAUCCAGUGCAAGCACUGUCCCAGCCAUAGCGAUCUUGGUGUACGUUCCAUCUCAUCUCUUCCCUUGCAGAUGAAUACUCUGGCCAUUGACGAAAUUCCGUUCUCUAUACUGCAUUUCCCCCAGCUGGAUCUCACGCUGUAUGAUCCGAAAAGCUCCGACAGUGGGUACGUGGUGACGUGUGAUCAAGAGUUUUGCACUUCAACAUAUGGUGAAGAACAAGCGUGUAGGCCACAGCAGCUCUGCGUGUAUAGCAUCUUGUAUGGUGACGGGAGCGGGACUAAUGGCUACUUUGUGACUGAUAACCUGCAUUACAAUCAAGUCACCGGAGAUCAUCAAAGCGGACAGGUCAAUGCCAGUAUUACAUUUGGGUUAGUUCCAGUUUACCAUCUCUGUUUUAUUACAUUCCUUGUCUCUUCUUUGGAACAAGUUGACAGAGAUGAUAAAAGUGAAAUGCAUAUGGAUAAAAAUAAAAUGGUUUUAUGCUGAAUGAUACACUAAUCUUCCGAUCGUUGAUAUCCUCUUUUCCCAGUGGAAGUUUUUCUUUCAUACGGCACUUGCUCAACACAAACAUCCGUUGCUUCCUUUUAAUAAUCAUGCGUACGGGCUUUUCCUUUAGUGUUGUUGUUGGGUAGGGGUGGUUAGAUGCAAUGUGCUGGAUUUCGAUCCAAGGUGAGUAGCUUAAGGGCCAGAAAUGGAGUGAAGUAAAGUUUGCAUGAAAAACAAAUCGACAGUUUAAACCUCAACCUUAAUAAGGUUUAUAGAUAUUUCUUUUAAAGUUCAUUUAACAUUUUCUGUAGAAAAUUUUAGAACCACGAAAAACUUCGGGAUGUGAUGCAAGGUCACUAGAAAGAAAGCUGACAUAUUGUAUUUAACCAGAAGGAAUUCCUUCAUCUGUUGAAUUAUAUUUCUCACAUCUCAUUAUAUCAUGAUCCUGAAUAUUUUUUGUUGAACGAAAGGUGUUCAAAUUCUCAUUCAUUAUUCUCCUGAUUUUAUUGGUUUUUUAUUUUUAUUAUGAGACCAGUUUUUCCUUAUUGUCUGUGUUUUUUUUUUGGGAACAUCUGAUUCUAUGCUGUAUGCGUUUUUCACUGUCUUUUCUGAAUGUUUCCUUGUUUUUAUGGAAUACCCUCUUUGAACUAUUUGAGUCAUGUGCACACACAAUCUUUAUGGAACUUCGUUUAUGCACUGUACUAUUUUUACUAUUUUCCAAUGCUAAUACAGUGUUUUGAAAAGUGCAUUUGGUGUGAAUGUGUUCCCAAAAAGCCACCGGUAUAAGAAGGUUGAAAGAUAGAUCAUGCUGGUAGAGACUAUAUUAAUCGUUCAACAACUUCCCAAAGUGACAAUUCAUUCUUUCCCACACUACCACAGGUAGAAGUUCUAAUUCACAUCUUCUCAACUUACCUUUGGUGGCAAUGAAGAUCUAAUUCAUGAAGUGCCUCCUGCCAACAUUCAUGUCAGUGUACAUAUUUAAUGAAUAAAUACUCUGAUGAUCUGUUUUCCACAUCGAAACUACUAGUACCCUCUGCCACUGCAGUCCAUUUAUCUUAAAUGGUUUUCACUCUUUCUUUUUUUCAGAGUACAUAGAAAAUUAUGUUACCAAUGUUGCCAAUGUUGCCUUGUUUUUUCCACUAGUUCUCCAGUUUAAGUUUAAGAUGAAUAGUAAUUGAAUUCAUGCUAAAUUUUAUGUUGAUUUGAUUCUGGAUGUAACUAGGUUUUCUGCUUAUUCGGUUGUAUCUUUGUAUUUAUCUGAGGCUACUUGACUUGAGAAUAUUAUAUAUGAGAGUUCUUGUGACAAAUCUUUAAUACCGCCGUACUUACUACAGUCGCAUAAUCAUCUUCUGUUUAGGUGCGGUGCACAGCAAUUUGGUGACUUAGGUUCAUCAAGUGGGGCACUUGAUGGCAUAUUAGGCUUUGGACAGUCUAAUUCAUCCAUGAUUUCACAACUAGCAUCUGCUGGAAAAGUGAAAAAAAUGUUUUCUCAUUGCUUGGAUAGCGUAAAUGGAGGUGGAAUUUUUUCUAUUGGUCAAGUAGUCCAGCCAAAAGUGAACACAACUCCUCUGAUACCAAAUCAGUAUGCUGCUUUCCUUUUUUUUAUUUUAUGUUCCGAUCAUUCUUUAUCUUAUGUUAUCUGUUGCCAGAGUAAUAAUUCUUCACAUUGAAAGGGUCAUAAAACUGCCAUCAUUCGAUACCUUUAAUCCAAAUGUUUUGGAGGUUGGUAAGGUUAUCAUAUUGUCCAUGUUUUUAUCCAGAAGUAACUUCCUGACUUCUAGAAAUAGCUUUUCAUGUACUAUUCCCCAGACUGCGUAAGCGAAUUUAUGGCUUUCAUGGAGGUACCUGUAUGUGAGAACAUCAAAGAUGAGAGAGGGAGGGAGAGAGAGAGAGAUAGAGAGGGAGGGAGGGAGAGAGAGAGAGAGAGAGAGAGGGAGAGGGGAAGAGAGAGAGUGUAAUGUGUUAGGACAGAAUGAUGGAACGAGAUCCAAGACCAGAAGAGUGAAGCGAGGAAAUCUCGUGUGGUUAUUGCUCAUGGGAUUGUGUGGGGAGAGACACUUGUAUCGCUCAAAGCUAUGGCAUGACUUCUGAUGUUAAGGAAAUGGUGGAUAAUGGAAGCUGUACACGGGAGCUAUGAAUUUCUUCAGUCUCUGAACAAGUAGAAAAUAUCUGGUAUGUCCUCCACCCCUUCGUAGGUAGUGCAGGUAAAAGAUAAGGGAGCAGCAUGAGACGGUGAUUUGGUCAAAUCACCGAUAUUUGUCCUGAGAAACGUUGGGUCUCAUCCACAGACAGAGAUACCGAUCCCUGAGUGAAGGAUAUGCUGUUUGGUAAAAAUAGUCACCUUAUAUCGUUUUUGUGAGAAAAUUAUUCUAUAGAAAAUAUCGAAAUAUUGUACAAGAAAAAAUCUGGAUAAAAAUUUGUUAAAGUGUAAGAUUGGUAUUCGAUCGUGCAAUUAGUUUUGUUUGCAGAUACGGAACCUUGAAUCUUUGGCGCUCAAUAAAGUUUGGAUAAAAGUUGCAUACCAACCGGAGUGUAUUGCCACUGUUAAGAUUAUUUUAUUUUGGGCUGCAGUCUGACAGCUGUGACAUCUGCUCUAUACUUGGAGGUACUCCACUAAGAUUAGAAGGGAGUUGUGUUGCUUUUCUUUUAGGAGCUUUGCUUUUAUAGUUACUCUGGGGUUAGAGGAGAGUAAGAAAGGAAAACCGUGGAACCUACGGUGGUUAUCUAGCUUUUCUAUUUCCAUUGCUUUUUACUAUAUUUUUUAACUCCUGUAAUUUAUGAAAAAUUAAAUAUUUCCAUUUUUUUCUGUAAAUAGACCGCAUUAUAACAUCAAUAUGAAGGGCAUUGAUGUUGGUGGGGAGUUCUUGAAAAUCCCCUCCGACAUCUUUGAUGUCAGCAAGAGUAAAGGGACAAUUAUUGACAGUGGUACAACCCUAGCUUAUCUUCCAGAUGCAGCAUAUAAACUCUUAGUGAAUGCGGUAUGGAUUUGGGGUUGUUUUUCUUUAGUCCUUUUAGUAUGCCUUCCAGUUCUUGACUUUUUUUGUCAUGUUCAUAAUCUUGAGAUUUUACGUUCUUCAAUGUCUAGAUCUUGGCAUUCCAGCCGACCUUGGAGGUCCGAAUUGUGCAGGACUUUCUAUGUUUUCUAUAUACAAAAAGGUACUUUAUUCAUUAAUUUUACAUUAUAUCACCAUCUGUUAACAUAUGACGAACCUUUUGCUUCUUUUUUUUUCCCAAGAAUAUCUGCUACUAAGACUAUUCAAUAGUUUUUUUUCUAUUUUUAUGGCAUCUUUGAGAUGAUCUCUCCUCUGACCUUUUUGAAUAUAAUGUGUAAGAAUCCUUUAAUCUCUUUCCUGUCCUUUGUUAAUAUAUAACGCUUACUGGUCUACAGUUUAUGAUUCUGUUAAAUUAUUUGCAUCAGAUCAUAAAAUAGAAUCGUAAAGCUUAAUCAUAUGAUGGUGACGGUGGUAAUUUCCAGAUGUUCAUCCAUUAGCGGUUCUGUAUUCUCUUUAGGGCCAUUUGGAUUGAUGUAAUGCGUAUAAUAAACUGUGCUUGCAUUGUCAGUAUUGUCAAGCUUUCAUACUGUAUCAUUAUUAGGCAAUUUAGCUCCUUACCAGCUUAUUUUCACCAGCUUGACGAUUUCGUUUUCCCAACAUGAAACAGAACAGAUAGGAAGGACCUAUACUCUCUUCCGCCAGUCUGUGAUAUUUACCCCGUAAAAGCCCUUCCAGAAGUAAGAAGAGGCAACUUCUCCUAUGAAGCAUGCUCAUAUUUGUUACGAAUUUAAAGCUCCAAAAAAAUUGCUCCUAAACGAUUUCUCUCUAAAACACUAGUACCUCCAUGAUAUUUGAACUAGAAACAACUGGAGCACUGCGGAUGAAAAUUGGCAACAAAUGAAGUGAACGUUUUCCUCUAGUUCACAGGCCUAUGCAAAGAUCUUAACUAUACUAAAAGAUAGUUGUGACCGGAGUUUCUGAACUGCGGUAGUGCUUUAUGCUCACAGCUAGUUGCGGAGUAAGUUUCACGAAAAUUGAUAGACCUAGGGUAGUUUUAUAUUAUAUACUGGUAGAAACUUCAAGAAUUUAGUCUCCAAGAUCAUUACAAUUUUUAUGGGAUCUGGUCUAUGUUAUCUGGUUAGGUUACUGAAAAUUUCAUAAGACAUCUGUGGUUAGUGUUCUAUAUCACGUACCUCACUAAAAGUGAAUUCAAGGCCAAUGAUGGCCCUUGUUGUGCCCUACUAGUCUCUAAAGGAUUGACAAUGUCGAUGGAAAUAUAUUUGGCAAUUUGCUAGUUCCUUCUUCACUAAAAGUUUUUACAUGAUGCUGAAUUGAAACGAAUCAGUUCUAGGUAUAUUUAUUUCAGAAUCAUAGUAUGUGUCAACUGAAUUUCGGUGUUUAGUUCUCUGCUUGUACCUCAAAAAUGAAUUGUUGCUCAUCAAUCAAGGAUUCAUUCCUGGCAAAUGUAAUAGGAGCCUCAAAUAGCUCCACUCUGCGUAUUACAUCCUGUAGAGAAGGUGAAAAGACCGAAACCUAAACUAAUAGUGCACUAAGAGAAUCCUUAAAACUUACGAUUCUAUGAACCAAUUCUAAUGUAUGAGCAAGGGAUGGAAUUCUGAAUACAGUACGGACUGAAAUGAAUAGGCAUUUUGUCUGGGGAUCAAAACUUUUGGUCAACAACAGAGAUUAUGGCACCAUGGUGCUGGCUUGUCAAUCCUCUCACUACCAAAAACUCUCACGCAAUAUUGAUAAUGGAGACCUUCCUUCGCAUAAGAAUUUCGAUAUUAUUGAUUUUGAAGACGUUUGCUCAUGGUAGACAUGAUAAUGUGUAUACCAUUAUGUGUGAAUUUUUUACAUUAACGAUUUUAAUAUUAUUACAUCAUUCUUCAGUAGGAUUUAUGUUUAAGGGCAGUAGUACUAAUUUUUUUUUAUCCCUUUUUUUUUGGUCUUUUUUAUGAUAAAGGAUUUGCUUGUUUGUAUUAUUGCAGUGUGGAUGAUGGUUUUCCAAUUGUAACUUUGCAUUUCGAAAAUUCACUUUCACUGAGAGUUUAUCCACAUGACUAUCUAUUUCAGAGUCGAGUAAGUAACUAUUUACUGGAACGCUUGGUUACCUAUUUAUUUUUCUGCACUUAUUUAUUGUGUUAUUACUUUAAGUACCAUAUGACCCCUUUGGUUUCAUGCUUUGAAAAUCUAGAACAUAAUCAUUGGUCAUCCAUCUCAUUUUGAACUUUCUACUUUACAAAAUGUAUGGCUGCUUAUCUCUCUUUUUUUUUCCAUUCACCUGGGUUUAUAUUUAUAGGUCGCAUUGAAAAUCUGUUCUCCUAAAUCUUUUGUGGUAAGACAUGAUUAUUAAAAAAGAAAGAAAUGGGGCGUGCAAGUGGACUUUAUGCCAGCAGAAAGCUACUUGCAAACUUGAAAUUCUUUCAUUUUAUGCAUUUCUUUUUUUGUUGAUAUUUCUAGUUUAGGUAUAUAUUCUCUUUUUUUUCUUUUGUUUUAACGUUACAGAAGUGUUUUGGAAAUGGAGUUCCGGAGAUGAUGAGUAUGACUGUCUCGUAACAUAGUGGGGGCGUGUUCAUUAAUUCAUUGCAUUUUUUAUGUAACUUGGAUCUGUUUAAUUUUAUUUUCAUAGAGAUAUCCAAGUCUUCAUGGAAAAUCAAUGGUCUUCCUUUCAGUUGCCCAAUGAACAACUACUGCAAUGGGAUACACAAAGUAGAUAGUUCCCCUAUCUUGAUGUUGGAAGUAUUUGGUUCAACGGUCUCUCGAUUUUAAUGCUUGAGCACUAUUAUCAGAUCUCGAUUUGAAAUUACUAGACACCUUAUGUCAAUAGUUCUUCUGGUUCAAUGUGUAUGCCUUUAUCUCACUUUAGUGGCUUAUAGAACCCGUGCUAAACUAGAGCAAUGUUAGUUUAUAUUUUGAGGGAGGCAGAAUCUGAAGAUGAGCCUUAUUUAUGUUUAGACCUCUCUUUUUUCAUUUUUUUUUAUAGCCAUGCUGGAAUCCAUAGUUUUGGGCUCAGUUCAAGUUUGAAAGCUAUUUCUUGAAGAUAUUUGCAUCUUGAAAAAGGUGUUAGACGGCAAUACACUUGCCCUAUCUUUAUAAUGUGAAUGCUCCCCUUAACUUAGGAUUGCUUACCUUGUUCCAUGGUAAUUUGAGAAAAUCGAACCACAAAAUAGGCCAGGUCCAAUCAGUAAUCAGGAUUGUAUCGCCCAAAUCAGCUGAUCUGAGUCAAGAGGCAAAUAAGGGUAAAAAAGAAGCAGAACAUAUAUAUUAUUUUUAAUAAGUCUGCAUUACCGCUUUUGCUAAAAACUAAAAAAACACGAUGAAGAGCUAGAUAGGGACUUUUAAAGUUCAGUCAAAUCAUUCAUAUUGCGUAAAAAUGUUUGUUUAUUGCCUACCUUUUAAGUCUUGUGUUAUCAUUUUGAGAAUGACUUCUCUAUCGUGUUUUAAAACCUUAGCUCAUUGGAUUCUUUAUUGAAGACAGUUUGAUAUUCAAAGUUUCUUUUCAGAGGACGAACUUUUGAAACAAUUAGUUUCACAUUCAGACAUCGCUUUUGUUUCAUGAUUGCUUCAGGGAGACGUUUGGUGCAUUGGUUGGCAAAAUAGUGGUGUACAAUCGAGGGAUGGGAAAGAUACUACGAUCUUGGGAGGUAUAUUUUUUCUUCUAUUUGUCUUUGAGUUUUUCUUUUCUAUUGAGAUUUUGGUUCGUGGUUCGUGGUAUCGAACAGAGAAAAUUAUAAAAAAUCGAAGAAAAAGUGAGGCAGACAUGAAAAUAUCAGGAAAUAAAACCACGUGAAGGCAGAAAGACAAAUUACCCACCCUCUACCUCGAUAGUUGAUGAGAAAGAGGAAACAGAAGAGAAACUCAUUAAAGCCAAUUAUCCCUUCCCUUGAUCAAGUUCAUCAGGAAAACUCGGCGGUCACUGCCUACUUUCAUUUCUCCACAACAGUAAGCAAGCACGCAAAAUAGCUUUUAAUGACCACGUCUUCUAUAGUCUUUGAGAUUAGCUGUUGUAAGAGGUAGAAUGCCAAUUUCACAGUAUGAUCUCUGAUAAUAUGUAUAAAAUUGCCAUCUGGACAGGUGACUGCGUUAUUAGUAACGUUCUCAGAUUCAUAAAUAGCCCUACAGUCCAGAAGGACAUGAUCAGUGGCAGGGCCACAGAAGAAGGAAACUACCGAACUAGAAAAUCAACAAACUAGGGAACGGUCCAACUGAGAAAAAAACUCCUAAUUAUAUGUUCUUCCCCACAGUGUUUUCCAGUUUCAAAUAUGUUAUCACUUUUCUAGUUUCUGGGAUUCCUCAGCAUCCAUGCUUAUUUAAAAUGAAAGACACUUGUCAUCAUUUCACAUCUAAAUUUGUGCAAUUUAGAAUUCCAAAUGUCUUCAAAACUUAUCAUCCAAGCCGUGUGCUAAAAUCUUAUAGGCAGAACAAGGCAGUGUCUUCCUUGAUCUAUGUAUUUCUUCCCUCUGCUGUUCAAUUCUCAUCAAUGUUGUAACACUUUAAUUUCUUUUGGGAAAAAUUUAUCCAACUAUGGCUAUACGUAUCUCAAAUUCUUACUUUUCAUGCCUUGUAAACGAAGCCAUUUCAAAAUCUCUCUUACAUGGAAAAAUAACCCGUUUGUUGUCAUAAUGGUGUGAUAACGUUUCUAAAUAUUGUUGAACUGCCCAAACUCAAGACCUUCUGAGCUUAUACCGUAGACUCAUCUCCUCCCUCAUCGCACAAUUUUUGGCAAUUCUUUCUUAUAUUAGAUGCACAAAUGAACACCGUCUCUACCAAGCGAUUGGCUAUUUUAUUCCAGAUUUUCCCGCAAGGUCAUUUGGAUGAUUGGCCACCACACUGUAUUGUCCCCAUUUCAAUAUCUUUCACAGUCCAUUGCUCGUCCAUUGUUUUUGUGGGAUGCCCUCCUAUGUCUAUGAUGUAUAAUUACUUCCACUAAAUAUCAUGUGUAAGUGUAUACCAUUGCCCUUAGGAAUAAGUGAUACAAGGAUUCUUCUUCCCUCACAUAAUUUAUGGGAAGAUAUAAGUGAUAUACGAGCUUGUUUAUCAUGCUAAAACUCAUCCAUGUAAAUUCUCACGGAUAUAUUGUUACAACAGGUUCAUUUCUCCCUUUCAAACCCAAAUCUCAGUGCCUAGUGUUGCUAUUUAUCCAGCUUGCAAGAUAAUCAGAAGCCUUUUUUUCCCAAAAUAAGCAUAUCUUACACGUUUCUGUUCUUCCAUGUUUGUAGCUCAUGAUACUUUCCAUUGCAAAAUCAGUUAGACAUCUUUUAUAAGAGAACAAAGACUAGGAUCCCUGUAAACUGGUCAUAUGGAUGAUUUUUUUAGAGUUAGUUCGAAGUGGUGACAGUUUUUGCACUUAAGAGGCGCUAGUAAUGUGUAAGUGACCAUCCAUGACACACAAUGCUAAGGUGCGUCUUUCCUACUAUUGAUUUUGUAUUCAAUAUUUUGUCUGCAGAUCUAGUGUUAUCGAAUAAGUUAGUGUUCUAUGAUCUGGAGAAACAAGUGAUUGGAUGGACCGAGUAUAAUUGUAAGUGUUUAUAUCCUUUAAGUGCCCUUUCUUCUACUAUUUUUUUUAAUUUCUUAUAGUUUCAAUUCUCCAUUCGGUUUGACUUUGGACAUUUUCUUAGAUCAGGGAAACUUAGCCAGGCUAUGAAUCUUGGGCAAUGUGCGAAAACACUAAACUUUUUAUUACUCCCCUAGAAUCCAGAUUAUCUUUUAAGCCUUUUGUUAUGUACAGCGUCCUAAAAGAUUAAAGCUAAUAUUUUAGCUAUUUAGGUCGGAAAUAUUAUGAUCAGAUAGCUAUAAGACGUUCUAAUAUUUUUAUGGCUUCAUGAAUAUACUUGUUUCACUUAAAAUGUCAAAUGAUUCAUCUAAUCAAAACCAGUUAUGGAUUCAUGGUUAUUCUUUAUUCUGGCGGCUGAACUAGUUGAUCAACCCUUCAAUGUGAAAGCAUUAUUGAGAAACAUAAAAGGGCAAUAGGUAAACCAAAUUCAAAUGCAUACUGUUUGUGCUUGUUAUUAAUUUAAAUUAUUAUGUCAUUUAAAAAAUAUUAUCUCGAAGAUUGUUUCUACCUCUGACUUUCUCAAGCUCGGCUGCAGGCUCCUCAAGCAUCAAAGUGCAAGAUCAUAACACUGGGGAAGUGUACACCAUUAAUGGUCGUAACAUUUCUUCAGCCUGCACCUUGGCCAUGGGGAGGUUUAUCUUAUUGUUUGCUAUAAUUGCCAUGAUAUGCUGUUUGAUUUUUUGA